GAUUUUGUCAGUGGUGACGUUAUCCACCGCGGUAUGUUCUCGAUAAACUUCCUUAUGUGGGCGGGGCUUCUGUAAACUGACAGCAGCUGUUCAUCCAAUGAAAUCGCUCAUCGGCGCAGAUCGCAAUAAGGCAGCGCGUGUAUUAAAGUACACAAAGGAGGCCGCAACCGGAAACCAGCACAGUGUUAACGGAGCUAUAUCAGUCAAAAGGUCUCUUAUAUAUUUAAAAACAACAUUUGUUUGGAUUUAUCUGCUUUCUGGAUUAUUUACACGUUUCUGACAUGACGACUGAGUGGACAACAAUGAGAUUGAUAAGUAUGAUUUAAAGAUCUGGCUUAAUGGAAGCAGAUGUCCUUUGCUGGGGAUUAAGGUAAAUACCGAGAUUUCCCAGUCACUUAAGCACAUCGAGUGAUUGCAGCUGACUGUGAACAGGUUGCCAUGAAAGGGGUGAGCUCCAGGUCUGCAUUCGCUCUGGGAUUUCUGGUGGGCUGCUGCUGUCUUUACUUCUUCCUGAAGGAGGUGUGGUUUGAGCAAAGCUUUAAUUUGUGGUUCAGUGCACAGCAGGAGAAGCAGACCAAUAACAACGUCAGCUGGAUGGUGCAUCGUUAUGCUCUCUUCAACCUGAAUCACCCUCAUCAUACAGAAGAAGACAGUCAUGUUGCAGAUGAACUUUACAAAAAAGUACGUAUUCUGUGCUGGGUCAUGACCAGCCCUAGCAACCUGCAGUCAAAGGCUCGGCACGUGAAAGCAACAUGGAGUCGUCACUGCAACACGGUGCUUUUUAUGAGCUCGAAGGAUGAUCAUGACUUCCCAGCUGUGGGCCUUGAAACGGGAGAAGGACGUGAUCAGCUCUACUGGAAGACCAUCCGGGCAUUCCAUUACGCUCUGAAGAACCAUGGCGACGAUGCGGACUGGUUCCUCAAGGCUGACGAUGACACUUUUGUGGUGGUGGACAAUCUGCGCUUGAUCCUGUCUAAUUAUUCCUCAGAGGAGCCCAUCUACUUCGGGAAGCGCUUCAAACCCUAUGUCAAGCAGGGCUACAUGAGCGGCGGAGCUGGAUACGUGCUCAGCAAGGAGGCGUUGAGGCGAUUUGUGAAGGGCUUCAGCACAAAAGUGUGCACUCAUACGUCCUCUGUGGAGGACCUGGCUAUGGGUCAGUGCUUGGAGAAGAUGGGAGUGUUGGCAGGAGACUCGAGGGACAGUAUACAGCGUGAGACCUUCCACCCAUUCAUCCCUGAGCACCACCUCACUCAGGUUUUUUCCAAAACUUUCUGGUACUGGAAUUACUGCUACUAUCCUAUCGUGCUGGGUCCACAGUGCUGCUCUGAUGUCGCCGUGUCUUUCCAUUACGUGGACGCUGACCUGAUGUACCUUCUAGAGUACUAUACGUACCACCUCCGUCCUUAUGGCUACCGGUACCGCUACAAACCUCCAGAUCCUUCUCUCCUUCACACAACAGAGAACACCGACAGACCGGUAAAGGUCACUGUGAAAAGAACACCGCAUGUAGCAGAACAACCAAAGGCAUCCAACUUGACACGGCAGAUCCCUGUCAAGCCUGAAGGACAGGGAAAAACAGAGGGGGACAAUGUGCAAAAGACAGUCCAAGAGAUCAAGUCCGACAACAGCAGCACGGCAACUUUUCAGGAGAGCCAGAGAUCAUCGUCAGGCAGCUGAAAUUGUAGCGUGCUUUGUAGAGGAAGAGAACAUGUACAUGGGAAUUUACUGUCAAUUGAAUGUAUCGUGCAGCUCCUUAGAAGUUCCUCUGAAUUUAAGUAGGUGAAACCAGUAUCUUCACAGCACUGUUGACACUGAGGUGUUGAUCGGUCAGGUGUCGAUUCAUUUUCUCUGAAGCGUCAAAUCACAGCUUUAUAUUAACCAACUCAUUCCAAUACCUUAACGUGUCUACAAUUACUGCGAACUCAACAAAACCUUGAUACGGUGAAGCUUUCAGUGAAGAGAUGUAGAGAUGGAAGGAAUCUGCAGUGUCAGCACUUUGUCACAGUUUAUCACAGGAGAGUUCUUAGAAUGGCGAAUGCUCAGGGCCGAGCGUUUAACAUAUUUAAAUAAAUAAACUGUUUCUCUUACCGUUAACGUAACUAUAAACAGAUAAAAAGUUAUCAUGUCCAUUAAUAACGAAGGUGCUGUGGUGUAAGAGGAAUAAGUUUUGGAUUUGAAUAUAAUAAAGAUUCUAAUAGUCCCUUAGCUUUGAUUUGAGUUGCUCUCAUUUUACACUAUCAGUGAUGUUUUCCUAAAAAUCAAGGCAUUAUAUAAUCCAGUUCCACAUGCUUAGAAUGGUUUCUUUACUUUUUCAUUUUAAUUUCAGUUUUAAUCGAUUUCCGUCAGGUAAAAUUAGCAACAUUACCGUCGGCUUUCUGGACAGAGAUCGUUUGACUGGUAUUCACAGGAGAGUUCGAGUGUCUCGUUGACCCAGUGGUCAUCUUUUUUGUUCCAGGUUUAUUUUUUACUACUUCUCAUGUUGAGGUUGUACAUGUAUACACCAUACACUGUAAUUCUAAUUUACAGCAAUAUUGGAAAUAUUUCUAUAAUGUAAGUAGCACUGACCAUUCAAAAUAUUUUCUCCUAAGUUAUUGUUCAUGAAGUGACAUCAAUGUACAGGAUUUAUUGCCUCCCACUGCAUUUGAGUUACUGUAUCUCUGGAGGAUGAUGUGGAGUUCUCUUCCUCUUUAUUUUUUCGUCUUGUUGCAAAGAAAGUGCUUUACUGUUUAAUUAAUAAAGCCUGAUCUCUAAGCCA